UUACAUUUCUAUCAAUAUUAUGGCAGGGCAAAAUAAUGAGGAUGAUGCUCAAUUAGAGAAUUUGAAAGCAAUUAAAGAAAUAAAUGACCGUCUAUGUAAUGUUGAGAAUAAGACAAACGAGCAAGACGAGAUAAUUACUUUACAAGAGCAACGUUUAAUUAUUUUGGAAGAGCAGGAAAAGAAAUUGAGAAAUAAACAAAAGAAGAAAUCUUCUUGGCUUGGUUCUUUAACAAAUUUUGUUGGAGAAGUGAUUGAUACUGGAAAGAGUUAUGUUGGAAAGAUUUUUGAGAAUGUAACAACUCCAAUUAUUGAAAAACCUAAAGUAGAAGAAGUACCUGUUGAUAGUAAAGAAGGUAAUAUUGAACCGGACAGGCCUCUUUUUUCCUCCCCAAUUUUUCCCCUAUAUUUUUGCAAAAUGGUGAGAUUUUUUCCUUUCCAUUCAAAUUACCUUUCUAAUUUUUGCAUACAAUCAAACAAAAAGGAUUAUUUAAUUUUAUAUAAGUAUAAGUACAUUCCAAGAUUGAGGGGCAGAACUUGGUCAGUCGAAGUUUUAGCCGGAGGAAGUUUUGAAAAGAAAGAGGAUUUAGCUGAGGAAUUUGCUAAAAUUGGGAACGAUUUGACUUCAAAAAAUACUAUUGAAUUUAAUAAAAUCGAAAUUUUCUUUGAGGAGAAAGGGGAAAAACUUCAAAAUUUUCGAGAAGUAAAUAAAUUGGGGGAAGUAAAUAAAGAAAAGAAGGAAAAUAUUAAUUUAACAACAAUUCCAAAUAAUCAAAAUAAUGGAGAAGUUCCGAGUUUGUCUAAUAAUAAUGGACAAUCUUCUUCUAAUUCUGACAACAAUGGAGGGGAUGUUGAUCCGAAAAAUAAGGAAUCUAAAAUUAAAGAUUCGCAAGAGCCUGUAAAUGAUAAAAAUAAUAGAGAAGUUCCGAAUUUGUCUAAUAAUAAUGGACAACCUUCUUCUUCUAAUCCUGACGACAAUGGAGGGGAUAAUCCUAAAAAUAAUGAAUAUGAAUCUCAAAUUAAGGAUUUGCAAGAGACUGUAACUCGUCAGAACAUCGAAUAUAGUCGCCUUCUUAAUGAAUUGAAACGACGUAUUUCGCUACAAGAACGCAAAGUUUUGGAAAAAGAGGAAAUAAUUAAACAAAAUCAAGAAAAAAUUGAAAAGCGAGAAGAAGAGAUUGCUAAACUUCAACGAGAGAAAAAUAGCGUUGAAGAAAAUAAAAAUGCUAUUGAGGAACAGAAAAGGAAACUUGAAGAAUUAAAUAAUAAACUUGAGGAAGAGAAAAAUAAAAGUGAAGGUAAAACGCUAGGAAAAAUUGUUGUUGGGGUUGCUGCCACAACCGGUGCAGUUAUUGGAGGCGUAGUUGGGGGUCCUUUCGGGGCAGUUGUUGGAGGCGCUGCUGGUGCGGUUAUUGAAGUGGUGGUUGGUGUUGUUAAGAGUGCUUUUAAGGCAGUUAAAAGUUUCUUUGGAUGGUUUUGUAGUUGAAUUAAAUAAAAAUGUUUUGAUAUCUUUGACAUU